AAUUUUGGCGCCAUUUCCACGGUCAUACUUAACUGAAACCAUUGCUUGUAAACAAAGUUUUAAUAACAAAUUGUCUGGCGCUUAAUUUCGUUUGUUAUUUAAUAUAUAUUAAAGAAGUAUUUUCCCUUUUUCCACUUCGCCUCCGGGUAGCUAGGAAACUAAAAAACGGAAGGCAACCAUGGAAGCCAUCUGCUCCUCCUUGGAACCGCUGUUUCCCUGUCGGGAGGCGGCCAUUGAAACGCUGGGCGAGCUGAUAGGAGAUUCCAGUGAGGCAUAUCCCUCGGCCAUUUACCUAUUCGGACACAGUGGAACCGGCAAAACAGCACUGACCAGAGCUUUUCUCAAAGAAUGUGGAAAACGUCAGAAUGUCCGCACAGCGCAUUUAAAUGCCAUCGAGUGCUACACCACCAAGAUCAUGCUAGAGAUCUUGUUAGACUCGCUGGUACCGGAACAAGGUGAUGCGCUGAAGGUCGACAACAUGCUGGACUUUGUGGAACAGCUACGACGGCAGGCCGCUCCACGCGUGGAGGAUCAGGGAUUUCUCAUCGCUGUGGAUAAUGCGGAACGGCUGCGCGACAUGGAUGCCAAUGUUUUGCCCGUUCUUCUGCGACUGCAGGAGCUGACCAACCUGAAUCUGUGCGUUAUUCUGCUCUCCCAGCUGCCCUUUGAGAAGUUCUACAACAAGACCGGACUCAGUGAAGUCAUCUGCCUGCACUUGGCGCAGUACAACAAGGCGGAGACACAGCGCAUCCUGGGAUCUGACUUUGAACAGGUGCGAAAUCAACUGCUGGAACAGUUCGCCCAGGAUAAGAAGCGCCUGGAGAUUUGCCAGGAAGCCGUAACCGAAGACUUCUACAACAACUAUCUAAAUCUCUUUCUGAGCGUCUUUUACAAAGCGUGUCGCGAUGUUCCGGAGCUCCAACUGACCGCCAGGAAGUGUCUGUCCAUUUACUUGGAGCCAGUACUGGACGGCACUGUGGAUGCCACGGAUAUCUCCCGGCUUUGGCGGCACAUAGCUGGACCUCUGCGUUCCGCUUUAACGCAGAUCUAUAUGCGAAUUGAAAAACCCGCGGAGGAAGCUGAAGAUUUCACCGCCAUAGAAGAUCAGAGCGUUCGCAAGCUGGCGCAGUCGCUGGAGCUGCCCUACUAUGCCAAGUUCCUGUUGAUCGCUGCCUUUUUGGCCAGCCACAAUGCCGCCAAUCAGGACAAGCGACUGUUCGUCAAGCACCAUGGAAAACAGCGCAAACGGAUGCAGACGGUCAACGCCAGAGCCAAGACCACGGAGAAAAUGUCCACUACUUUGGGACCCAAAUCCUUUAGCAUCGAUCGUUUGCUGGCCAUUUUCUACGCCAUUCUAGAGGAGAAAGUCGGUCUGACCUGCAACCUUCUCUCCCAGAUCUCAACUUUGGUUCACCUCAAGCUGCUCAGCUUCGUCUCCGGCGAACAAAACAUAAUGGAAGGCUCUGCUAGGCUGCAGUGCACCAUUGGCUUGGAGUUUGUCCUGCAGAUCGGCAAGGUGGUGGGCUUCAACGUCCGCCAAUAUCUCUGUGACUUUAUGUAGCCCCUGGUUGUUUUUAGUUUUUAAAUAUGUUUAAUAAAUAGUCCGGUACAUCGCUUA